AUGAAAUUAAUACCGGAACUUAUUGAACGUUCAACAAGUUAUAUCAACACCUUAAAGGAUCGUGAAUUAGACUUGCGGGGUAAUAAAAUUACGGCCAUAGAAAACCUUGGAGUGACAAAGGAUCAAAAUGAUACCCUUGAUCUAACAGAUAACGACAUUAGAAUUUUGGGAAAUUUUCCGUUAUUGGCACGCGUUAAAACUUUGCUACUUGCUAAUAAUCGUAUCACUCGUAUUGAUGAUCAAAUAUCCGAAUUCCUGCCUAACUUAAGGACCUUGGUGCUCACUAAUAACAACAUAUCUGAAAUAGCGGAUUUGGAACCUUUAUCUGAACUUAAGAGGCUACAGUAUUUGAGUUUGUUAGAUAAUCCCGUUACAAGGAAACAAUGGUACAGAAGUUGGGUCAUUUGGAAGAUUCCAAGUGUUAGAGUAUUGGAUUUCAGAAGGGUUCGAGAUGUGGAGCGUAAAGAAUCCAAACAAUUGUUCGUGACGUCAAAUGGUGAGCAGACUUCGCUUGCAAAAUCAAUUUCAGAAACGGUCUCCAAAACAUUUGAACCUGGGGAAGGGUUGAUUGGUGGUAAUUUGCCAAGAUCCAACUUGCCCACUCUCGGAAUAUCUGCAGAAGAGCAAGCGAAAAUUAGGGAAGCAAUCAGAAACGCAAAAACUCUUGAAGAGGUUACUCGGCUUGAAAAAUUACUGCAAUCUGGUCAUAUUCCCGGAUCGGGUAGACAAUUCGGCGAUCUACAACAUGAUGAUGAUGGGAUGGAUAAUUAA